GAGACCGGCGCCGCGUGGUGCGUGCGUAGCAGGGCCCUUCGCGCGCUGGCCUUCAGACGCUCCGAGGAACAUGGCCCUUUCUUUGGGAGAAGAGAUCAGGCCCGCCCCAGUGGCUGGUUCGGGCGAUGAACCUGGAGCAGCCAACCGGCCGGAAAGAAGGCUGGGUCGGUCAGGCCAAGCUCUCUCUUUGAGGCGAUGUUCCUGCUGACCCCAGGUGAAAAACCUCAUCCGGUCCGGGGAGAACCCCAGAGGAGGGUGGGGCCUCCGCGUGCUCCGAAUAGUUGCAGACCACCCUUGCUCUGCCCAAGCCCAGUCCUGAGAGCUUUUUGUUCCUCCUGAGUAGCUGGCAUCCAGGACUUGGGGUACCACAGCUCUGGAGAGUAUGCACUGGAGAGCAGAUAUGUCUGGAAGAUGAACCCCUGACUCCCAUCCUCCUCCUCCUGCAGAUGCUGAGGCCUCCAUGGCUGUAAUAAGCCUGCUGUUCUUGGCAGUCAUGUAUGUGGUUCACCACCCCCUGAUGGUCAGUGACCGGAUGGACCUGGACACACUAGCCAGGAGCCGGCAGCUGGAAAAGCGGCUGAGUGAGGAGAUGCGGCAGUUGGACAUAGAGUUUGAAGAGAGGAAGCUAGCAGCUGAGCAGAAACAGAAGGCAGAGGACUUCUGGCGAGGAGACAGAUCCAAGGACCAGUUAGUGCUGGGGAAGAAAGACCAGGGGUGGCCGUUCCAGGCUGCUGGCCAGGAGGGGCCUCUGGGCUGGAUGCUGGGAAACCUGUGGAAUGCUGGCCUCUUUUGCCUCUUUCUCAUCUUUGAGCUCCUCCGGCAGAGCAUGCAGCAUGAGCCGGCCUUUGAUUCCAGCAGUGAUGAGGAGGAGGAAGUCCGGGUUAUAUCUGUCCUCUCUUCCAACUGGCUUGCUAACUUCCCCUCCCAGGAGGCCCUGGAAUCCUUUUACAAACAGCACAUCCACAAUGCCAUACGGGACCUGUCCAGCACCUGCGAGUUCGUGGAGAGCUUUGUGGAUGACCUGAUAGAGGCCUGUCGGGUGCUCAGCCGGCCGGAAGCUCACCUGCAGUUGGAGGACUGCCUGGGCAUUGGGGCUGCCUUUGAAAAGUGUGGAAUCCUCCAUGAGACCCAGAAAUUUGAAGUCCUGGUGCCAGUUGUUCCGCCACAGGGCACUAUGUUUGUCUUGGAGAUGAGGGAUCCAGCCCUUGGCCACCGCUGUGGCAGUGUGCUGGUGGAGUCUGAAUGCGUGUGCAAGCGCGAGAAGCUCCUGGGGGACGUGUUGUGUCUGGUGCACCACCAGAGGGACCCCUUGGGGGGCUCAGGCAAGUGUAACAGCUCCAUCAAGGCAUCUUUCUGCACCGGCGUCCACCUGGAUGUGUGCAAAACUGUGCAGUGGUUCCAGAGCAUGGUGGGCAACGCCUGGGCACUAGUGGCCCACAAGUAUGACUUUAAGCUCAGUCUCCCACCAUCUGCCACCUCCUGUAGGCUCAGGCUGGACUACCGCUCGGGCCGUGUUCUCUUUAUCAGUUUGGUCCUGGGUGUGCAGCGGGAGGACACCUUGGUCUACCUGGUGAGUCAGGCCCCUGAGCAGGAACGGCUCACCAGUGUGCACUGGCCGGAGUCCUUCGCAGCCUGCGAGCACCUGUUCCUGAAGCUGGUAGGACGCUUUGCCCCUGAGAAUACCUGCCACCUCAAGUGUCUCCAGAUUGUUUUGAGUCUCCGGGACUGCCAGAGGCUACCCAAGGGGGCGUCCCGCCCCAUCCUCACCUCCUACCACUUCAAAACAGCCCUCAUGCACCUGUUGCUACAGCUGCCCCUCACGGACUGGCAGCACAGCAUGCUCUCUCAGCGGCUCCAGGAUCUUCUGUGGUUCUUGGGCCGGGGCCUCCAGCAAAGAUCCCUCCACCAUUUCCUUAUUGGUAACCCCUUCCUGCCCCUGACCAUACCGAUUCCCAAGACAUUUCGGAAUGCUGAGCCUGUGAAUCUCUUCCAGCACCUGGUGCUAAACUCCACGGCACACAGGCAGGCUGUAGAAGAGUUCCAGAACCUCCUCACCCAGCUCAAAACUCUGCCCUGUGCCCCACUGGCUGGGGUAUCUUAAUAUAAAG